AUGGAACGUCGCUUCUCUCGUGAUCCGGACUUCCGCAAUCGCUAUCAGCAGUUCAUGCUCGAGUACCGCGAGCUGGGCCACAUGUCCGUCGCCUCUCCUCUUGAAGCAGCAACGCCUGGUCGGGUAAGCUACCUACCCCACCAUGGCGUCAUGAGGGGAGAGGGCAGUGACGCGAAGAUACGAGUAGUCGUCAAUGGCUCAUCCCGGGUGCUUUCCAACACUUCGUUGAAUGCCUGGCUGCUCGCGGGGCCGAACUUGCUGCCUGCCCUUGUCCUCACCCGCUGGCGCCUGCACCGAUACGUGUUAACCACCGAUAUUGAGAAGAUGUAUCGGCAGGUCCUGGUGCACCCGGAUGACCGCGAUCUUCAGCGUAUCUUGUGGGGAGGGGACACGGUUGGUGAGUACCGCCUGAACACGGUGACCUACGGUCUUGCGUGUGCGAGCUACCUUGCGAUCCGCGCGCUCCACCAGUUGGCUGGGGAUGAGGGCGAGCGCUUCCCCCUGGGCGCUCGAGCGCUUCAGCGAGACACGUACGUGGAUGAUGUCCUAUCCGGUGCCUCUACUUUGGCCGAGGCUCUCCGCCUCCAGCAGCAGAUAUCUCGGCUGUGUUCGGCGGGCGGCUUCCCGCUGCGCAAAUGGUCGGCGAAUCACGAUCCCGUGCUUCAAGGCAUACCGCUGGAACACAGAAGCCACAGAUCAGCUGAAGUCGCCUUACCCUCCGUCGAGCAGUCCGUGCUGGGCCUGCGCUGGGAUCCCGGCCGCGACUGCUUCUCGCUUACGGUGCGGCGGGCCUCAGCCGGAGCCGCGACUAAACAAUCGCUGCUCUCCGGCACGGCUCGACUCUUCGACCCCCUGGGUUGGCUGGCACCUGUAACUGUACGCGCGAAAUUACUAAUUCAGACGGACCUGGUUACAGCAUCUGGAUUGGGAUGCCCUCCUAGGCGAUAA